AUGGACACUCCUCGCAUAAGAAACGUUAUAGAGAAUAUCACCUUGCGCGCGAUUCUGUUCAAUAGUGUUCCCAAUUCCAACGCAGUCUUUGAUGCGAUCAGAGAAAGUGGCAGAUGGUCUAGACAUGACACAAGAUUUAUGGGACACCACGCCUUUGCUACCGCAGUGCGUAUGGAAGCUGGUACACUUCUAAAUGAAACUGACUCCAGAACCUUAAGAUACGCUUCCUCGAUCCUCUGGAAGGAAGUUCCACCACAGUCAAAGCAGAAUUAUAUAGACUGCGCUCAACAAGUCCAUUUUAAUAUCUGUCGACGAUACCGGCCGAUGUAG